AUGAUCCUGUCACGAAGACGCUCGCUAUUAUUCCUAGGUCUACCAUUAUUUUUAAUAGUCUUGCUUUUUUCUGGUAGUGUCAACGUCGAUAAUGAAUGGGGACAUAAAUUAGAUAGCAUAGGGGACAACUUCAAAGCUGGUGUUAGCUAUGUAACUGGUAACGGUACCGUUCAAAUAUCUUAUCCUUCGACCAACGCGCCCCACAAUACUUCUUCAACUUUUUCAUCUCUUACUCCCUUCCCGAGCGAACUAUCUAGCGGUGCCACCAGCACUACUGUAAGGACAAAACCGUAUGCCCGACCUGGUUAUGAAUUACCACUUGCCAAUGGAGUACCACUUCGUAUCAUGGCGCUUGGUGCGUCAACCACUCGUGGUGACAGUCCCGAGGAGGGAAUCGAUAACAACGGUUUCCGCCGACCUCUCCGUGAAAAGCUCACAGCUGUCGGCAACAAAGUUAACUACGUCGGAACUCAACGUCUCGGAAAUAUGACUGAUAACGAUAUCGAGGCUUAUCCUGGUGUUGUUACUGCGACUAUCCACGGAAAUGCUAGAAAAGCUGUUCCCAAGUCGAUGCCUAAUCUCUUCCUUGUCAACGCUGGAUCCAACGACUGUUUCCAACAUGUUGAUAUUGACAACUUCUACAAGCGGUAUGAUGCCCUAGUCCGCUACCUUCUCGACGCUUCACCAAGGUCCACCAUUAUCAUGUGCACCAUCCUACCUACUUGGGACAAGCGAUUCAACGGUAGAGAGGAAGUCUGGAAGGUCAACCCGCAGAUCCGGAGGCUAGCCAAGAUUUAUAAACAGCAGGAGCUACCGGUAGUUCUCGCGGAACUGCAAGGUCCUGACGGAAUCCAGGAUGGAAAUCUGGCUUCUGAUGGCAUGCACCCCGGCACUGCCGGUUACGAAAUGAUGGCUACCAAGAUGUACGAGGCUAUUCUAGAGGCGGAUGCCAGAGGCUUUUUACAACCGCCAGAGCCUGUACAGGGAAUUCUUGAUGACGGCGAUGAGGAGCGAAAGGACGAAGACUACAAGAAGUGGGUAGAGCGGAAGAAGAAGAUGGACAAUGCGACGGCAACUGCCGAGCAGAAGGAAAUUGAGAGGAUGCUGGCCGAACUUGCAAAAAUGAAGAACGAGAAGGACAAGCCAAAGCAAAAGGAAAAGAAACCCAAGAGCACCAAAUUACGGCGGCGCCCAAAGAUGCUGUUCUAG